AUGGCAUUGAAGUAUCACCAGGGAAGAUGCAGUGCAAACAGAGCUGUGGUUCUUGCCAUUGCUCUCCUUGUCUCCCUCUCACUUUACUUGGAAACAACUCACUCAGCUACUUUCACUGUAGGUGAUUCUUCAGGAUGGGAUUUUAGUGUUGGAGGCUGGAUAAAUGGGAAGCAAUUCAAGGCCGGGGAUAUGCUAACUAUGACCCUAAUGGUUCCUGUGACACUCAUCAAAUGCUUGCAGUCCAUUAAAGAAUAUGCUUUUGUUAAAUCUCCAUACCCUGUUAGAGUAACUUUGGAGAGCCACCUUACAGCAGACCUUCAAGCUAAGGUUGCAGAGACGGUCAUUGAGACGUUUAGAGAACUAUUAUAUUACCUUGUGUUAGGGUGCUUGGAAGAAUUCCCUUCACCAGAAGCCUUAAAGCAUCGAAUUAUUCUUUCAACCAAACCACCAAAAGAAUAUCUUGAUUCUGAGGGGCCAACAGAGAAAGAUUCAACUACUAAAGCUACAUCGGGAAAGGAGUCGCCACACCUUGCAGCUGAGUUGGAUCCUGAUGACAGGGAUGAUGAAGGCAGUGAUGGCUGUGAGCAGAAAUCAUGCCAGCUAGGAGCACGUCAAUACAAGCAUCUGAUUGCAAUUCAUGUUGGGAAACCAAAGAAUGGAUUGAAAGAGGCUUUGAGGGCUGGAAUUGGAAAAAUUAAACGUCUUAGUUUGAGUGAAACAACACUUGAAAAGGCAGCGGAAUCUUAUGGAAUUGACCUUGUGAGGUUCACACAGAAGAAUAUUCUGAGGGUAUACCCAAAGGGGACCCGAGUCUCCAUCCCUAAGGCUAAUUUUAUUUCUUGGUUAGCCAUUCAGAAUAGAUUGAAUAUUGGGGAUAAGCUGAAAUCAUUUGGCAUCUCUCAUGUUGUUACCUAUCCAUUGUGCCACCAACAUUCCGAGGACCACUCUCACUUAUUCUUUAAAUGUCCCUUCUCUGAGAGUGUUUCGUUGUCUAUGAAGGAAAAAAUUGAUGUGAACUGGCUUGCUCUGAACUGGUUUGAUUUGGUCCCCUAUAUUGCCAUGAAUGUGAGGGGUAAGUCCCUUCGUUCCAUUAUAUCCAGACUAGUUUUUACUUGCUCUGUUUAUCGUAUUUGGCUUGAGAGAAAUAACAGAGUUUUUACAAAAGAGAGAGUUCCUGAAGAUAUUGUUGUUGUAAAUAUUGUUGACAUGAUCAAGUUUAGAGUUCUAUCUCUCAAAAACUUGAAGAGAAAUUCAAAGGAUAAGUGGUUUUUGUCCAAAUGGAGACUUCCAACCUCUAUCCUUAAAGAGGCUUCGAGUUUAUGAGUUAGUUGUGUUUUGUAACCUUUUUGUUACAGGUUGUUUUUUCCCACCCAUGUGUGCUGGUAUAUGGCUGCUAUUGAAUUAAAAAAUGUGGAAGAUAGGAGUUUUAA